AUGUCGAGCUACGACAAGGUGGUAAAAUUGGCCUGCAAGCCAAAGGCUGCACCACCCAAAGCGAAGUAUCUCGACCCAAUUAUUGCUGCAACAUGGUCCGAGGAUGGUGCUGUCCACGACGUCUGCAAGGCCCUGUCUCCACGGUUCCGGGAGCCCAAUGCGAUUGUCGUGUUCAAAGCCCUGAUUGUUCUGCAUACCAUGAUUCGUAAUGGCGCCACAGACAAUGUCCUGUCUUAUCUCUCAUCUACCGAGGUUCUGCGCCUCUCCAACGUCUCUGCUGGCAACUGGGAAGGCUACGCGGCACCCGAAAACCUGCAGAAUUAUGCAGUUUAUCUUGAAUCACGGAUACGCGCGUAUAGAGAUCUCAAGCAUGACGCCGUGCGGGUACAGGCAGAGUCGAACAGGGAUAUGCGCAAUUCGCAGUCUAUAGAGGAGGACGGGUAUCGGGGCAAUAGUAAAAGAGGCAAGUCCGCUCAAUCCGCUGCUCCAUCGAGAAGCAAGACUAUUAUGGGCCGGAAGCUGCGGUCAAUGACCGUGGAGAAGGGUUUGCUACGCGAGACGCGAGCUGUUCAUAGGAUGAUAGAUGCUUUGGUGGAGUGCAGGUUCUACCUCGACGAUCUAGAAGAUGAAUUGACUAUUACUGCCUUACGAAUGUUAGUUAAAGAUCUUCUCAUCCUUUUCCAGGCCGGAAAUGAGGGUGUCAUCAACGUACUAGAGCACUACUUUGAGAUGUCGCAUGUGGACGCCGAAGAAGCCCUUAGCUUAUACAGACAUUUCUGUCAACAAACGGAAAAAGUUGUUGAAUAUCUUGGAGUAGCAAAGAAGCUCUUGAAUCUUCUCAAUGUGCCCGUUCCCAAUUUGAAACACGCUCCAGUGUCACUAGCCGGUGCCUUACAAGAGUACCUCGACGAUCCUAAUUUCGAACAAAACAGAAUAGAAUAUAAGACUAACAAAGAAUUAGCAGAGCGGGGGUCGAAGGGUGGGCCUACUCCUAAGAAACCGGAGACUGCUUCCUCCUCCACCUUACCAACCAAGACUUCAUCUCCGCCUUCCACAAGUAACAAAUCUAUGGCUAAUAACGCCCAGACGGGUUCUACCAAUGGUCCAGUGAUCGACUUUUUCUCUGCCAUCGAAGAGGAAGCACCCCAAAUGUUUAAUGCUCAAGCGAAUAGCCCCAAUGCCAAUCAGUAUCAGCAACAGGGUACCGUUAACCCAUUCGUCCUACGGCAAAUGACCGGGCAGCCAUUCAUGCAAGCUCCACAACAGAUGCAGCUUCAGCCCACGGGCUUUCCUAUGGGUGGGCCAGCGCCAAAUCCGUUUGGUCUUUCAGCACCUACUCCUCGACUACAGCUGCAACCAACAGGCCAUCGUCCAUUUUCCACCUUCCUUCCUCAACCGACAGGUCAGCCCCAGCUAUCACCGCAAGUCCAACAGCCACAAGGCUUUUUGCAGCCGCAACCAACUGGCGCCAACCCGUUCCGCCAAAGCAUGUUGCUACCUCAAACGACGGGAAUGGCUUUGUUUGGUGUAGGAGGCAGUGGUGGUUUACAACCACAGCAGACUAGUGCUUUCAUGAAUGCCAAUCCUAUCAUGAAUGCACCUAACCAGAAUCAAGGUCAGGGUGCAUUUGGGCUCCCUUCAACAAAUCCCCAAUCAUUUUCCGCCUCUUCUUCAUUCGUUUCACCUGCACCUCAGACAUCAGCAUUCCAGGGUCAUGCGAACGUACCAGCCAGACCAGCGUCGACCCCCUUAACGUCUUUCGGUCCAUCGUCGUCUUCAAGUUCAACGUCUCCCCCCGCUGCUCAACCGAUCAAAACACACCAAACUGGGACGAGAAACCCAUUCGGUCGAGUUGCGACGCCGCCACCGCCAGUACCUAAGCAACCAACACUAAUGGAGCUUGCAAUGGGUAUGCAUCUGAAUGGGAACGCUACGAAUCAGGCUCAGUCACAGUCCAACCCAUCGAGUCCGCCUGCACAAUCGCAGCCAAACGGACAAAGUAACUUCUCUUUCGGUAAUAGUAGCCUUAAUCCUGGCGCCACGGACAUUUCCGGUGUCGCGUCCUCUUUCGCGUUCAAGCCUUCUGGUUCUGACGGAAAGCCGGCUUCGUCAUCCAACUUCCUCAAUUCUCAGAAUACGUCAACAACAUCAGCGGGUUCCACCUUUUCAGACACUCUCUGGUCGUCGCUGUCGUCCCAGCCGACGGGCGCCACAAAUGCUUCAUCUUCGCCAUCUAUCUCUCUCACACCUUCAUUAAAAUCACAGCCGACAGGGUUCCCUGGACUCAAGCCGUUUAAGCCGUCGUCUUCUUUUGGUGCUUCUUUGUUGGAAUCACUACCGCCUAUUCCUCAGUCGGCCCCAACCACGCCUGCUGUGACCGGUAAUGGAACUUCGGCCAAUCUCCCGUCGGGAUCGCCAGCAUCCCAGCAGACAGGAGCGUUCCCUUUCAAUACACAAUCCGCCGGUUCACUGCCUGGCAGCCAGAAUCAAAACAAUCUUAACCCCGGGACGCAACCAUUAGGCAUGGGCGCCUUAAAUUCACAGCCAACAGGAGCUUUCAGUGCUUUGGGGCAGCCAAGGUCAACGCUUGGUGUGGGCCUGCGUCCACAGAUGACAGGUUCAGUAGCCAAUCCCUUCCGCGCGUCCUCGGUAAACGGUUUGACAACCGGAGGCGCAUCUCUAUUUCAGGCACCCACAUCAGGGUUAGGUGGCGCAGGCUAA